ACAUACGGCUUAUAUACAUAAUAAAUAAAAUCGAUCACGGUAAGGUAUCAUGGCGCUUGUGUAUUUUGAGGGGACAGUCAAACCAGCCGGAGGAAACCAUGACCCAGAAAGCGCCUCCCAUCGUCUACACAAAGCCAUACAAGGACUCGGAACCGACGAAAACGCCAUCAUCGAGGUGUUAGCCGGACACAUCAACUAUGAACGACAGGAAAUCAAGAAGAUGUACAAAACCAUGUUUGGACAGGAUUUGGUAGAGGACAUUAAAGGCGACCUAAGUGGGCUGUUUGAGAAGCUGUGUCUGUAUCUGCUGAUGCCGAGUCGUAUGUUUGAUGCCUACUGUCUGCGUCAGGCCAUCGAGGGUCUUGGUACUGAUGAAGGACGGCUCAUAGAAAUAUUGUGCAGCAAAACAAAUGGUGAAAUCCAAUCUAUUAAAGAGGAGUAUCAGAAAUUUUACAACAGGUCCUUGGAGGAUGACGUAAGGAAAGACACUAGCGGCCAUUUCCAGCACAUACUGAUCAGCCUAUUGCAGGCCAACAGGAGCGAGGAGCAGGAACUGGACGAUGCGAAGGUCCAAAAGGACGCCAAAGAUCUCUACGAGGCGGGGGAGAACAAGAUAGGGACCAACACCUCGGUGUUUAACGCAAUCCUGGCGUCCCGCAGUCCUCCCCAUCUCAAAGCAGUGUUUGAACAAUACAAAAGUAUCAGCCAGAUGGACAUAGAAGGAGCCAUCAAAGAUGAAACCAGUGGAAACCUGUGCAAAGCCUUUCUGGCAGUCGUAAGAUAUAUAAAAGACCCAAUGGAUUACUACGCGGGUUGUAUCAACAAGUGUAUCAAAGGUGUCGGCACCAACGACGAACGUCUGAUGCAGCUCAUCGUCUCUCGUUGCGAGAUUGACUUGAAGGACAUUGGAGAGGCUUACUUGAAGAAAUAUGGAGAGAGCUUACCCUUGGCAAUCAAAGGAGACACCAGCGGAGAUUACGGGAAACUUCUCGUGAAACUUGCCACUCCUACAGAAUAGCAUGGAUAGUGCAGACUUACAAGGAAUUGCAUCGUUUUUUGCUCUGCACUGACCAUUUAUACUGAGCACGCUGGGCUUCCUGGGUUCUAAACAAACCCUUUAUUAGUUCAUGACUGGUUGAAAUUGCCUUUUCUGAACAUUUGGUUUUUGAAAGAUAUAACAUAGUACAUGCUGUAGCGUUGGUCUCGGAACUGUGAAAGGCUCAUUUCAGAAUAAAGAAAAUGUCAAACGUA